AUGUCCCGAACAUCUCAUUCACCCAGUCGCCGUUUCUUUUCACAAAAUGGGGAGUCGUCGUCCUCCAGAGCUCCGACCAACCGGUUGCCACCCAUGAGGUUCGCUGGGGACGGUCUCGACAUGAGGAGACCUGUCGUCUCAGCUUCCCCUCAGACAGACGAAGUGAUCGAUUUGACCAAUGAACCGGAUUCGCCUCCACAAGAGCGAGAUAGGAAUGCCCGGGCGACAUCGCGGCGACCUAGACAGCCCCGCUUUGGAAGGGACAUCAUGGCAGAUGUCGUGGAUCUAGAAGAUGAACCGGAUAAUACAAUUGACCUCGACUCUCCCAGCAGUCCAGAAGUUCAAUUCGUGGGUGCCAGCGUUCGCCCCCAGCUGCCUCGACCAUCGCCACCACAGCCCAGAGGCUUUGAUUUCGGCUCCGGGCUUGUACGGUUCCUACGGUUAGAUAAUCCCAGGGUCCAACAUUUUCCUGGUAGAGGGUUAUUUUCUAGGGAUUCUGGAUGGAGAACCAGGGGGCCUCGUCACGCGCCACAAGAUGUGGAGACAUUUUGGAUCGGAGAUAGAUCAGGCGGAGCAGUUGAUCUGACGAUCAACUUAGAUAUGGACGGUCCCCUGGCAAUGGAUUAUCAAAUUCAAGGGUUUUCACCGGAUCGAGGGUCACGACCAACGUACAAGCCACCUAGCCCGCCGCCGGAAGGGUUCACAAGGAACCUGGGAGAAGACGAGGUUGUUUAUUGCGGGCAGUGUGCCACCUAUAGGUCCAAAUCGAACGCUAAGAAGGCAUCGCAGCCUGUGAAGCCAUUUUCUAAGUGUCAAGUAGCGGAUUGUGGGAAGGCUGUCAGUGCACCAAAAUCGAUGUUCCAGAUCUAUUUAUGA